AUGGCUGAAGAAAAAAUCAUUGACGACGUGAUUGAGGUCGAAGAUACCGGAUACGUGGAAACGUACAUUCGUUUCAAUGAUGAUUUAGAAAAAGAUUACUGUUUCCAAGUUAAAACCAGCGAUAGUUUCAAAGAUUUGUUCAAAAUUUUUAAAACCUUGCCAAUUGCCUUGAGACCAAACUUGUUUUACAACUCGUUACCAUUGGGGUUCUAUGUGUCCACUGCUCCAGGGUAUCUCACCGAGGAUGGUGGUCUUUUGUUCAGUUAUGAAACCAGCGAAGAAAGAUUUAGAAAAAAAGUUCGUAAUAGCGAUAAAGUAAGUGAUCAUAUCUGGCCCGGCCAAUUAUUGAUUCCAAUUUGGGAGUUUAAUUAUUUUGGCUUCUACUCCUUUUUAACUUUGUUGUUGGUUUGGUUAUACACUGAUUUGCCUGAUUUUAUUAGUCCAACCCCCGGUAUUUGUUUAACCAACCAAGUUUCUAAGAUUUUAAGUUCGGUUGCUGAUUAUUUUGGUCAACAAGGUUUGAGUAAAGCUUUAUUUGAUGAUAUCCACGAAAGUUCCAUCAUGGCCCAAUGUUUUUUCUUUGUUUUCCAUAUUGUUAAACUUGGAAUUAUCUUUUUAUUCAUUCACACCGGUGCUUUUAAUCCAAUUCAACUCUUCAAAUUACAUAGAGCACCCGUCCAGGCCGCUGUUACCAAAGAACAAUUGUUAGACAUUGGCUGGACCGGAACUAGAAGAGCUUGUCCCGAUGAAUACAAGGAUUUCUAUCGUGAUUAUAAGAUUAAAGAACACGGUGGUAUGAUUCCUGCUCAUCAAGCUGGUGUUUUCGAUAAAUUGAAAAACUUGGGAGUCUUUUUGGGCUUGGGUGAAGGCUUCAACACUCCUUUGGAUAAUAAAUCAACAAUUAAAGAUUUGUUAAAUGAAGAAAAUGAAAAAUUCACCUUGAAUUAUCAAUAUUUUGCUCAAUUGGGUGAAUUCUUUCAAAAUUAUACUAAUGAACACGAAAGCAACUUGAUCGAGGCAAUCAAGCAAUUCAGAAGAUAUGGGAUCUUACACAGUAACGACACCAUUGCAAAAAUUGUUAAAAACAGAAAAAACCGUGGUGAUUCUCGUAUUUAA